AUGUUCUGGAUCUUCUACCACAAUUUUGUGGUGGAGCCCUUCGCGAUCCUGAUCCUCAAGCUCUUCGUGCCGGCGAGCCUCCACGGGAAGAUCUCCUUCUUCGAGGACCCGGCGCCCCUGGCCGUGCCGCACCGGACGCCGCUCGCCGUCGCGCCGUCGGCGCUCGUCGCUCCCGGCGCGGCGAACGCGUUCAAGCGCGUGGGCGUGGCCGUGCCGUUGCGGCUGCGCGCCGCGGCGCACGCGACGCCCCUGUCCAAGGACCAGCGCGCGGCGUCGCGCCUCGUGCGGAAGAAGCUGCCGCAGACGCCCGGCGCGCGGACGCUGGCGGACGUCGAGCGGUCCAUGCUCGACGCCGCGGAGGCCGCGUGCGACGCCUUCGUCGAGGAGCACGACGUCGCGCGCGACGCGCGGGCCGACGACGACUUCCGGGCCAUCGAGGGCGUCGAGGAGGCCUGGGGCGGCGCGCGGCUCGUCGCGGACAACACGCGGUGGCGGAGGCCGUUUUAUCACGCGGCGGUCGUGACCUUUGGGACGACCAUGGUCUUCAUGUGGCCGAGCGUGCGCGCCGUCGCCGUCAAGGAGAUGAUCGCUAUCGCGGCCAUGUUCGUGCUGUUGGGCGUCCGCGACCCGGCGCUGGCCAAGUUCAUGAGACCGCUCGACGAGGCGAACGCCGCGGCGCCGGGGUUGAUCCUCCACAUCAUCUCCUGGGUCACCAUGGUCGGCGUCGCCUGCGUCGUCGCUUUGGUCGUCAAGUCGUCGUCGAGCCGCGCGCGGCGCCUCCGGGAGAACGCGAAGGCGCUCCACUCGUCGCACGGCAAACAGCGCGAGCGCGACGGCGACUCGUCGGAGUCGUCCGACGACGACGGCCACAAGAUCAAGGGCCGCGUGAAGCGCAAGAGCAAGCCCGCCGUCGCGGCGGAGCCCGCAAGAACAAAAACCGUCGACGCCGUCCCGCCCUUUGGGGACGGCGUCGACAGCCCGCGGACGCCGCCCGCGCGCGCGCGGGCGUCGCCGCGGCGGCCGUCGCGCGUCGCGCCCCUCGCCCUCGACGACCUCAAGGCCGAGGUCGUCCCGCCGGAGUCGCUCGCGCGGACGAGCCCGCUGCGCGUGAACUCGUCCUACUUCUCGCGCGCGGAGGAGACGUACGCCGUCGCGGCGACGGCGAAUCGCGCCGCGGACCCGUCGCGGCCGCUGCCCUCCGUCUUCCGGGCCAGGGCCGCGCGGCUCAUCCGCACCAUGUCCAUGAAGGUCGCGCGCGUCGCGCCCGUCGCGUCGCCCCUGCCGGCGUCGCGGUCCCUCGGCGCGCCCGCGCGCGUCCGGCUCCGCCGCGCGUCGGCCGAAGCCGUCGAGGCCAUCGCGGUCGAGGUCCAGGAGACGCUCCACUCCUACGCGUCCCGCGGCGACCUCCACUCGCGCGCGCUCGACGAGCCGGGGAAGCGGCGCUACCAUCUCAUCCGCGCCGGCAGCGCGCGCUUCGACGUGAAGCGGGAGUGCCCGCGCGUCCACGCGGCCGUCGCCCAACUCGUCGGCGGCGACGCGCGCCUCGCGGCGCCGCUCCGCGGCUUCCGCGCCUGCGUGGCGCGCACGACGGGCGGCGAGGAGACCAAGGAGGAGGACCACCGCGAUUGGCACGUCGACGGCUGGCACGAGCCGCACUCGCGGCGGUCCGGCGCCGUCGGCCUCGUCGUCUUCUGGCUGCUGACGGACGCGCCGCCCGGCGCCGGCGGCACGGAGUUCGCCCUCGGGUCGCACCGGGCCGUCGCGCGCCUGCUGGAGAAGGGCGACCUGCCGGCGCGCGCGCUCCACGGCUUCGACGCCGUCGGCGACGAGCGCGAGCUCGUCCCCGCGCUCCUGCGCCGCGCGGAGACGCGCUCGCUCGUCGGCGCGGCCGGCGACGUCGCGCUCGCCUCUCCCCUGCUGCUCCACCGCGGCGGCGCGAACGCGCUCCCGGGGCACGCGCGCAUCCUCGCGAUCUCGUGCUGCCCGGUGGACGAGCUGCGGCCGGGCGGCCGCGCGCCCGUCGAGGCGAGCCUCGCGCCGCGGCGCGCGCGAUGCGCCGUGUCUUAG